AUGGCCCCUACAGCCAUCUCCCCUCCUCUCAUCCCGGCCACCAAGGCCAUCCCCGUCCCCUCGGGCCCCGAGCUCGACUCCGUCUCCGACCUCAUCGACACCGUCAACGAGAUCAAGUACGACGAGUCGUCCCAGUUCGACGCCACCAAGGACAAAUCCACCUUCCGCCAGUACGAAACCGCCUGCGACCGCGUCCAGAACUUCUACGCCGAGCAGCACGCCAAGCAGACCGUCGCAUACAACCUCGCCGCCCGCAACCGCUUCCACUCGGCCUCCCGCGUCCGCCCAGAACUCACAAUCUGGCAGGCCAUGGAGAAGCUCAACACGCUCGUGGACGAGUCUGACCCGGACACUUCCCUCUCGCAGAUCGAGCACCUCCUCCAGUCGGCCGAGGCCAUCCGCCGCGACGGCAAGCCCCGCUGGAUGCAAAUCACCGGCCUCAUCCACGACUUGGGCAAGCUGAUGCUCUUCUUCCCUGAGCUCGAGACCCAAGGCCAGUGGGACGUUGUGGGUGACACGUUUCCCGUCGGAUGCAAGUUUGACGAGCGCAUUAUUCUGCCCAAGACGUUUGCUGCGAACCCGGACACCAAGGACCCCAUCUACUCCACGCCGCUGGGCAUCUAUACCAAGGGCUGCGGCCUCGACAAUGUCAUGCUGUCCUGGGGCCAUGACGAGUACUUGUACCAUGUUGUCCGCGACCAGAGUUUGUUGCCCGCUGAGGCGCUCGCCAUGAUUCGGUACCACUCGUUUUACCCGUGGCACCGUGAGGGCGCGUACCGCGAUCUCAUGUGUGAGCGGGACGAGGAUAUGCUCAAGGCCGUGCAGGCGUUUAACCCGUAUGAUUUGUAUAGCAAGAGCGAUGAUGUGCCGAGCGUGGAGGAGCUUAAGCCUUAUUAUAUGGAAUUGAUUGAGGAGUUUUUCCCCCAGGGUGUUCUUAAAUGGUAG